AUGGUUGUACACAUGGCGAGCUUGUUGAAAUGGCAAACGAUGAAUAUGGGGUUGAUUACGAAUUCUGAGCUUAUUGAGGUUUCGUACCCACUUCCAGCUGAUAUUAUCCAGGGGGUACCUAUCGAUUCUCCUCCUACGUUUGUAACGACUGAUAGGCAAGUUCAAGUCUUGGCAAACGAAUACGAUGAUGCAGACGAUGAACCCGUAGAUGAACCAAGACCAACAACCGAUUGGACCAAUGGUGAGAUUGAUGAAGCAGAAGCUGAUUAUAGUGAGUAUGGCAGAGUCCCAGACGAAGAUGUGCGCGAGAAAAAGGUUCCGCUUGAUGAUAUCCGGCUCAAAGGACGCUGCUAUAAUGAAGGAGGACAUUUUGAUAAGUAUAGGGACGCCGUUAUCAAGGUUGGACAGCGUUUUGCAAGCAAGGAUGAACUUCUAAAUAUGUGUCGAUUGAUGGCUGUAGUGCACAGAUUCUCGUUUCGUGUCUUCAAGUCCUCACCAGCUCUCUUUGUUGCCACUUGCAACGUAAACGGAUGUGCAUGGCGAGUUAGGGCGUCUCUGAAGAACGAGGCAAUCGCGUUUUUCGUCACAAAGUAUGUGAGUACUCAUACUUGUUCUGUCGCAGACCGAGUAGCGAACCGGAAAAGCUGCACACCAAAAUAUAUCAGCGCCUUAUUCAUAGAGAGGGUUGGGAUUAUCGAGGGAAUUGUGCCUGAACACAUCGUCAUAUCCAUGAAAGUGAUGUUCGGCUUGAAGCUGAACUAUACGACAGCAUACAGGUCUUUGAGAGCUGCUCAUGAAUACGUCAGAGGGACACCUGAAGACGGGUAUGCGAACUUGGCUUCAUACUUGCAUAGAACGAAGGAAGCAAACCCUGGAACUAUUACCGACCUUGUCCGGGAUAAACUUGAUCGCUUCAAGUACUGCUUUAUAUCUUUUAGAGCUUGCAUGGUUGGUUUUCAGUACUGCAGGCGAGUGGUUAUUGUUGAUGGGACUCAUCUGACGGGGAAGUAUGGUGGUACACUUCUUGUCGCAGCCGGGCAGGAUGGUUGCUUCACUCAGGACUUCCCACUUGUCAUUGUCUCUGACAGACACCCAGCUAUCGCAAACGCAAUUGAAACUGUCUUCCCAUGGGCAACAAGAGGGAUUUGCUAUUACCAUAUGCAGAAUAACAUCAUCGGAACUUACCAUGCAAAGGAUAUCAUGUAUAUGGUGAAAGGUGCGGCAUAUGCGCACAACCUUGAUACAUACAACUGGUAUAUGGACCAAAUCAGAGCUGCAAAACCUGCUCUUGCAACAUACUUGGAGACAGCCAACCCGGCCUUAUGGUCCCGAGUGCAUUGCCCAGGGGAAAGAUUCAACAUAAAGACUAGCAAUAUAGCGGAGUCAAUCAACUCUGCUGUCAAGAAAGCGAAGGAAUAUCCAUUACCUUCUCUCUUAGAGUUUAUCAGAGAAAAGCUGAGCCACUGGUUCAUGAAGAGGCGUGAAAAUGCUCUAACUCUCACCACACUCCACAGCAAAGGAGUUGAGUAUUCGGAGCUUAUGGCGAAGGAGGGACCGGAGGUGAUGAUCGGAGAUGGACCAGAAGGAGAUCGGAUUGAUACAAAAAUCCUACUUAUCAACUUGGCGCCGUUGCUUGAAGCCCUCACAAGCAGAAUCCAUCAACUUGAACACAAAGGCGGAACAGCUUCCUCAUCCAGAACGCAAGGUAAACUUCCGGGUAAACGAGAGCAGAAUCCCAAGGAAUAUGUACAAGCAAUUACAUUGAGAAGUGGACGCGCUUUACCUCCAAGAACAGGACCCGUACCAGUCAAUGAGGACAUUGAGGAACAAGAGGAGGAGAUUUCAGUUGAAAUGGAAGCCCCAGCACCUGUGACUGAAGAGGAACCACCAGUUCAAGAGAAAGAGAAACCACCAGAGGAAGUCCAAAAGAAGAAGAAAGCCCCAGCUUU